UUAGGCCACAUCCACAGAUUUCCGACAGGGUGGUACUGUUUGUGUUCCUGUUUGAAUAGGCAGACAUGAGCAGAUGAUGACAUCUAUUGGAGGAUUUCUUAACUUCUUUGCUUUAACAAAGAAAAGAAAAUAAGAGUAAUAACUGUCAACAGAGGCAUGCCUGCAAGUCUGUCUAGGACAAAAGCAAAAGAAGACAGAAGAGAGAGCAGGGGAAGUCUGGCCAAAGAGAUCGGCCUCUUCCUGCCUGACUAUCAGCUCAGGAAGUUGAGGGGAGGGCUGACAGAGAAGCAAAUUUUCCCUUUGCCUUUCCCCUUAUUCAGCCCUGCUCCGAUUCCACAGCAGGAAGAAAGGGGUGGGGGGCAACGGGAAGGCGGGGUUCUUGAUGGAGCAGAAAGAGAGAGAGUGACAGAGAGCAGCCGAACAAUCAAUCUGUGGAAAUAUGAUGGAACCCAGCGUCGUUUGCAAGGAGACAAGCCACGCAAGCCCUGGGACAGGAUCACUUGACACUAUAUCCACCACCCCCCCUGCCUCUGUCCUUCCAUCUCCUCCCACCUCUGCGCCCUCCUUGCCCUCCUCCAAUCCUCCGAUCCGGCCAUGUCGACCAAAACCCCCCCCUCCCUUGGUGAAGUCCUCCUCAUCCCCCCUGUGUGCUCCCGCACCUGUGUCCACUCUUCCUACCCUCCCUCCCCAUCUACCUCCUAUCUCAAAGCUGAAACCUUCUUCCGCCCUCUCCAUUCCUCCCCCUUCCACCGUUGCUCCCCCUGUCCCCCACUUCCCUCCUCCCUUGUCUCUUCCUCCCCCCCUCUCUCCUACUCUAGUCUCUCCUGCUCCGCUGGCUUCUCUAAAGCCAACUGUCUCCUCUGAUCUUACUCCAUCCUUAACUCCUCUUCCCACUGCUUCAUUGCCAGCGAUCUCACCCCCCUCUUCCUCAUCAUCUCUUCCUCCUCCUCCUCCUCCUCCAAACCCUGUCAUCCCACCAUCACCUCCAGCUCCUCUAUUACUAAAUCCUAUAGAUCGGCUGCUUGCAAGCAUUUCCGUAUGGCAGCCAAAGGGACUCAGCCAAGACCAAACAACGAGUAUAUUGGAGAAAGAGAUGGCUGGGGCCUUCCUGCUUCACGGCACACAGGACGAGGUCACAGCGCUGUCAGUGCGCCUGCCUGAUGAAGAGGGGGCGUCGCCCGUACACAAUCUGAUGGUCAAAAAACACAAGACAUAUCUUCACUUGGAUGGCUCCUCUUUGGUCUUUGAUGACAUCUUCAAAUUGAUCUUGUUCUACAUUGCCAGCAGGGACAUUCUGGCCAUCCCAUUGAGGUUACCCCACGCUAUUACCACGGCAUCUCAGAGAGAAGAGUUGGAGGUCAUCUCUGCAAUGGGUGCAGAUUUCUGGAUGUCCGAUCUCAACCAGCCGGCGAAGGACCGGGACCUGGCUUUGGAUCAGACCCUUGACAGUCUGUACUUGAAAGUUAACCCAGUCACUGUGGAGGAGAGUGACCUCAAAGACCUAACCCCCCCCCAGCCUCACAAAGUCAGCACUCAAACACCUCCCUCCUCCAUGCAGAAUGGAGAAGUCCCACAGAACAUCAGUACAGAAGUCAAAGGUCAGGCCCAAACCACGACCACCCAGGACAUUAAAUACAAACGCCCUCCACCACGACCCCCGAGCCUGAGCUCAGGGUCAGGGAUGGGCCUCCUCUUUUCCUCCCCCCCCUCGCUUCACACUUCACCAUCACCAGCUGAGAGAAAAGAGGAAGGAAAGGGCGGAGCAAGCAAGAGAGAAGAGAGGAAGUCAAUGUCCACAUCACUCACUCCAUCGAGGCCUCCUGUUCCCCCACAGAGCCGUAGCGCUCCCCCGCUGCCUCCCGCUCCUCUCCGCCGCACCUCCUCCAAGAGAAGCACUAACACAGAGGAGGGAGAGGGGACGGAGAGAGAGAAGGGACAAAAUCCUGCAUUGAAAACUGAGCAAGAGGUGGGAGAAGAGGGAGGGGAUGACAAAACGGGAAGUAAACCAGGUCAGAUGGAUGAGGGGGUUGAACAACAGAACGGUAGCCAGUGUCAAGAGAAUGAGGUAACGGAUGGCCGAGAAAAGGGAGAGAGAGAAGAGAAGGAGGAAAAGGAGGAGAAAAUGGAAAAAGCAGAGCAUGAACAAAAAUCCAGCCCCCACAGUGCGCCAUUAAUGAAAAAGCCGUCCCGUCCAGUCCCUCCACCCCGGAGGAAACCGUCUUCCCCAGAUGCACCUGUGUGCCCCAAACAGGCAGGGGGAGGAUCGGCCAAUCAGACUGCUGGGAUCAGAGGGCCCCCUCCCUCACCGGCGAGGCGUCCCGACGUGUCUCUGUACUCGCCACAGGGGGGUAGUGUGCUGGUGACCGAUCCCGACUCCCGCUCUACCAGCAGCACGGAGGAAGAGGGAGAGCCCAACCAGGAACAGGAGCAGAGCCCCAAUCGCUCUGCAGAGAGCCGCAGCCCCAAAGCAGCAGGGAGGAGAACCCCCACCACGGUAAUGUUGGGCCGAGCCCGCUACCGCCUGUCCACCGUCCUCACAGGCCUCAUCAGCCACGACCGCCGCCUCACACAGCGCCUCGUGGAGCUGGCCAGGGACCCUCUGAGCUACUUCGGUAACCUGGUAAAAGAGCACCGCAUGUUCACCUUGGAGACCAUGUCGAAGCACUCAUCCUCCACGGAGCUGUUACAAGAGAUCAGACAGAUGAUGACUCAGCUGAAGAGUUACCUGUUGCAGAGCACAGAGCUGCAGGCCAUGCUGGAGCCACAGCAUCAGUACACAGAAGACAAACUGGAGAGCCUAGCAGAAGCCGCUCUAUGUAAGAGCGUACUGAAGCCACUGAGGGAGCCGAUUUACGAGUGUCUCAAGAAGCUGCACACCAACGACGGCAGCAUGAAGCAGCUGGCCCAGAACCAGUCUGGCGUCCUGGGCAGCACCACCACGGCGUUGGGGAUAACCACUGCCGUCCCUGAGGCCUCAUCUUUGGAGAAGAUCAACAUCAAGCUGAACAACCUCCAUCUGGAGUACUCUCCCCAGAAAAAGAUUGAGCUCAUGUUGAAGGCCUGCAAGCUCAUCUACGACUCCAUGUCUGUCAGCAGUCCAGGGCGGGCCCAUGGCGCUGACGACUUCCUGCCUGUAAUGAUGUAUGUCCUGGCCAGAUCCAAUCUGUCCAGCCUGCAGCUGGACGUUGAAUACAUGAUGGAACUGAUGGACCCAUCGUUGGCACUAGGAGAAGGUUCCUAUUAUCUGACCACCACCUUCGGCGCCCUGGAGCACAUCAAGACUUUUGACCAGCAGAGGUCAGCAACACGGCAGCUCAGCAGAGAGGUUCAGGACUCCAUCCACCGCUGGGAGAGACGACGCACGCUGAACCAGGAACGCAUGGUCCAAGGAUCUGUGCGGGACUUUCUGACAGUGUGCUGUCCCGAGAUUGGAGCCAGUCCAAAAACUCUGGGUGUCCUCCCAACCACCACAAUGCAGCAGCUAGCUGAGCAGUGUGCUGCACGCUUUGAACAAGACUCCUACAUGCUCAGUGUGUACAUGGAUGGCGUCCACCAGCCAAUGGCUCCCACCGAGCUGGCCCUCACGGUGAAGAACAGCUCCCAGCCCGGAGCCUACUGCCUCGUCUUUCACCCUAUCGACCAACCCGUUGAGCAGCGCCAGCCGGGACGCAGCUGCCCCGCUGACCCGCCUCCAGCUCCCCCUGCAGGGAGCGCGCCCUCAGCGGACUUUGCAGCUGCGGACAGCGUGGAGCCGGAGGGGAAAGAGGAGGAGAGUCUGAUUAGCUUGUAGCCGCACCGGCAUUACAGCGGCAUCGCUAUGGUAACUAGAACACGGUGGCGACGGCUUUACCGUGGACAGUGUCGUAUCUCAGGUCUCACUUGAAAUGGUGGUCGUGUAGCUGAAAGGAAGGCGUGCAGGAUAUCACACAUCACUGCGUGAACCACUUAGUGUGACUGAAAUGACACAAAUACAACAGAGAUCAGCAAUUUUACAUCUAUAUGUUGUUUGUUCAUUUCUGAUGGAAAAUUGCAUUCCAAAACAUAUAUUAAGCAUCAUGAAGUUUCAUUCUACAUGUGUCUUUAUACUGAUACAGACUUCAUUGUAAAUAAACUUGCUUUUACAGUUUGCCAA